AUGACACGCAAACGAAGGAAUCAUGGACGGUCAAAAAAGGGUCGUGGUCACGUUCAGUUCAUACGCUGCACUAAUUGUGGCCGGGCAUGCCCAAAAGACAAGUCCGUAUGGAAACUAGUGACGCGAAGUAUGGUGGAAGCAGCUGCCGUUAAGGAUUUAGAAGAUGCAUCUGUAUAUGGAAAGAACUACGCUGUCCCAAAGUUGUACGUCAAGCUUCAGUACUGCAUCAGUUGUGCAAUUCACGGUAAGGUUCUUCGAAAUCGAAGUCGGGAAGCAAGACGACUCAGGAGGAUUAUCAUCAAACCUCGUGUCAAAUACACCAGGCCUGUUGCCCCAAGGGCUUGA